GCAGCUUUGGCAAACACGUCGGGCCCAUGACAGAAUAGUGCAUGCUUCCAGAAAGCCUUCUCCAUUGAAACCAUAAUAUCGAAUAUGUUACGACUCAAUAGAGCCAUACCGCGCUCGUCGAGCCGUGUCUUGUCGCGCCAUGUGUCGCGUCGCACCUUCGCCUCGGUAGAUCGAGUGUCCAAGGACCCUGCCGAAGUCGACCAAAUCACCACCCUCUCGAAUGGCGUCCGAGUCGCCAGUGAAGCCAUCCCUGGUGCCUUCUCAGGCAUUGGUGUGUACGUUGAUGCUGGUUCCCGAUACGAAUCCGAUGCCAUGCGCGGUGUCUCCCACAUUAUCGACCGUCUGGCCUUCAAGUCUUCGUCACGCCGAUCUGCUGACAGUAUGCUGAUGGAGAUCGAAUCUCUGGGCGGCAACAUCCAAUGUGCUUCGUCACGCGAAUCCCUCAUGUACCAGGCCGCCACAUUCAACAGUGCUGUACCCACGGCCACUGCUCUGCUCGCAGAGACUAUCCGCGACCCUUUGAUCACCGAUGAGGAAGUUGGACGCCAGCUUGAGACGGCAGAGUACGAAAUUGGCGAGAUCUGGAGCAAGCCCGACCUCAUUCUGCCAGAGCUGGUCCACAUGGCCGCCUACAAGGACAACACUCUCGGAAACCCUCUACUGUGCCCGGCCGACCGUCUGGGAAGCAUCGAUAAGCGUACUGUUGACGCCUACCGUCGUGCCUUCUUCCGCCCGGAGAGACUUGUCGUUGCUUUCGCUGGUGUUGAGCACCAGCAGGCUGUCAGUCUGGCCGAGCAAUACUUCGGUGACAUGAGAGGCGAGAAGCUUGACACAGCCGGGAGCACCACUCAGAAGCCAGUGCAACCUCAACAGAAGUCGACCCUCAGUUCCAAGAUUCCCUUCUUCAAAAACCUGUCCACCUCCGCCUCACAAUCUGCCACCGUCUCACCGCUAGACCCCUCUCAGCUGAUCCCUCACCCUCUCGACGUCCCCGUCGACACCACUUCGCCUUCCCGCUACACCGGCGGCUUCCUCACAUUACCGAACCUUCCUAUCCCGCCGAAUCCUGCUCUCCCUCGUCUAUCUUAUAUUCACCUUGCCUUCGAAUCCCUCCCUAUCAACUCGGAUUCCAUCUACGCUCUCGCGACUCUCCAGACUCUUCUCGGCGGUGGUGGAUCUUUCUCCGCCGGCGGACCCGGCAAGGGCAUGUACAGCCGCCUAUACACGAAUGUCUUGAAUCAACACGGAUGGGUCGAGAAUUGUGUUGCUUUCAAUCACGCAUACACUGACAGUGGUAUUUUCGGUAUCAGUGCUGCGUGCGCCACUCCCUACGUCAAUCACAUGCUCCAAGUCAUGUGUUUGCAAUUUGCCAACCUGGGCAAGGAGACUGGCAUUGGCCGUCUGACCGAAGGUGAAGUCAAGCGUGCAAAGAACCAGCUCAAGAGCAGUCUACUCAUGAAUCUGGAGAGUCGCAUGGUGGAGCUUGAGGAUCUCGGUCGUCAGGUACAAGUCCAUGGACGCAAGGUGCCCGUCAAGGACAUGAUCGCCCGUAUUGACAAGGUCUCCAUCCCAGAGCUUCGUCAUGUCGCUCGUCAAGUCUUUGGCGGUAUGGUGAAAAACCCUGGUGGUGGCAGCGGUGCCCCUACAGUCGUGAUUCAACAAGGCGAGGCAGAAGGCGUGACCAUUCCAGAGUUGAAGUGGGAUGCUAUUCAAGGCACCAUCCAAAAGUAUGGACUUGGUCGUCAACAAUAAAUUGAUUGACCUCUUGCGAAAUCUUUCAUUGAUACUUUUUUCAGACCCAUUUGUCAUCUCUUCAAUAUU